AGCUUGCGCAAUGUGUUUUCACUCGGCCCUAGUAGUGUCUUCUGUUGUUGUUGUUGCUGCAUCCAUAUUCAGGAGAUAGAGAAUCCAGAUACCAUAAACGUCUAUUUAUUCAAUUGCCUGACGCAUGAGGUUACUGGGAAAUCAUCUUCCUGCCAUGAGAGCUGUCCACCAAGUCGAUUUCCCCCCGUCCAUUUGCAGUUGAUGGCUCUGCAGCUGGUACAGAGAUGACAGACAGUGUCAGAGCCUUUCUCCGCAAUGUUGCGACGGGGAUCAAGGACUCCAUAUUGGGGAUUGGAACCAUCUCCAAGCUGGAUGCCCGCAUCCAGCAGAAAAGGGAGGAGCAGCGCCGGAGAAGGGCCAGCGGGGCUUUGGCACUGAGACGGGCCCAAAGUGAGGAGCGGAAACCAGAUAAUGACCCCAAAGUAGCCAGCAGGAUUUUUCAAUGCUGUGCCUGGAAUGGAGGAGUCUUCUGGCUCAGUCUGUUUCUCUUCUACCGGGUAUUUAUUCCACUGCUCCAGACCCUCUCAGCAAAAAUUAUCGGUGACCCCUCCCUUCAUGGCAGUGUCUGGUCAUGGUUAGAGUUUAUUCUGACAUCUGUCUUCAGUGCUCUCUGGGUUCUCCCAUUGUUUGUCCUCAGCAAGAUUGUCAAUGCCAUCUGGUUUCAGGAUAUAGCAGACUUGGCAUUCGAAGUAUCUGGCUGUAAAGCGCAGCCAUUUCCUAGCGUGAGCAAGAUCAUUGCCGAUAUGCUCUUUAACCUGCUCCUCCAAGCGCUGUUCCUCAUCCAGGGUAUGAUUGUUAGCCUAUUUCCCAUCGAUGCCAUUGGACAGAUGGUCAGCCUUCUCCACAUGUCUCUUCUCUAUUCCCUGUAUUGUUUUGAGUACCGCUGGUUCAACCAUGGCAUCGAGAUGCACCAACGGCUGUCCAAUAUUGAGAGGAAUUGGCCCUAUUACUUUGGCUUUGGCUUGCCCAUGGCUCUGCUGACUGCCUUGCCUUCAUCGUACAUCAUCAGUGGCUGCUUGUUCUCUAUACUCUUCCCUCUAUUCAUCAUCAGCGCUAAUGAAGCCAAGACACCAACAAAGCUGUACCAUUUUCAGCUGCGUCUUUUCUCACUGGUGGUGUUGAUCAGCAACAAGCUUUUCCACAAGACGGUCCACUUGCAGUCUUCGUUGACGGCAUCGGCAUCCUCAGAGAAGCUCACACCCCCUCACAACUCCCCCGUCCGACUGAGACCUUUGCCCACCCAGUGAUGAUAAAGCUGCAUGAAGGAACCUCACUUAAUGUGACAAAGAUUUUUCCAGAAGGAUUUCCUUAAUUAAUGUGUUUUACACUACUGGGUUUACAAAUUUUUAUCUAAUCUCCUCGGCACUUUUAUUGAUCGUCAUUUGUCCACGAUGUCAGUGUGACAUAACAAAUGCCCUGUGCCUCACACUCAAAACGAAACAUUUAGUCAAAAUUGUUUUCUUUUGUGGUUUGUUUUACUCUUUUUAAAUAAUGUGCCAUUUGAGUGACUCUCCUUUAAGAAAUAGCACAAUAAAUCGUAUAGACUUUUGAAGGAACUUGUUUGCUCUUAGAAGCAAUUAGGUUGUUGUAUUUUUUUUCCAGGUGCAGUACCUGUUUUUUGAGCGUGCAAGCUUUUUGGUCAUGUGACUAUGGUGAGCCUGCAGCUUGAGGAAGCUUGAUGUGAAGUCAAGUUUUUUCUCUAUUGAAAAAGAUGAAUUUUGUGAGACUAUUACUAAUACAAGCCAAAAACAAUAUGCUAAUGACUGUUUUUUUUUUUUUUUUUUUUUUUUUUUUAUUUAAUAAUGAAAAUGGUCCUCAAACUACAAGAUGACUGAAAAACUGUUUUAGUCAUAAAUGUAUUUAGAGGUAAAUGGGAAGACAAAGUACAAGGCUAAAAACAUGAAAUUUAGAACACUUUUUGAACCUUGACCAUUACUAGUAUACCCUAGCUUUCAACAGCUCUUGCAAAUAUGGUUUCCCUUCACUGUUUUAUUUGCCCUGUGUUGACUCUACUACAUUGCGUUAAGCAAGACUAUGAGGGGCCUAAAUUUCACCACAUAUACAGAAUUUCUAAGGGCAUAGUGUUUGUGUAAGAUGAUGUUUGUGAGAGAUUUUGUAAUGGAGAUGCAUCUCAUUUCAAUAAAAACAGUAUUUACCACUGA